AUAUGAGAAGUAGUUGGCAACGCAAGACACAUCCGCGCAUCUUUUUCCACCAUUUAUCCAUAAAAAAUUGUUUUGCUUAGAAAAAUAUGGCAAAAGUACCGAACAAAUGGCUAAAAAACACAUGCAGAGUGUGCGGCAAAUACGCCAGUUUCAAGAAAUCUUUCAAAAUAUUUGAUAAAGCCAAUAAAAAGCUGCUAGGCAAUAUAGAAACGCUCACGGGCCUACGGCUGGAAAGCUAUCUAUGCUUACCCGAGCUGAUGUGCGAGUGCUGCAACAUUGAAUUAACAAGUGCCGUCAGGUUUCGGGAUCGCUGCAUCAGCGCCCAGCGUGAAUUACUAGCGGGGCUCACCAAACAGCAGCAGGAGGGCAUACCCGAGAAAUACAAGGCACUCAUAAUGGGAAACGAAGCCUUAACGCCGUCAGCAGAUGAUCAAGAAACCGAAGGUGACUCGGAACCAGAAACCGAAGUGGAGCGAGAAAUCGAACCUAGUUACCAGCAUGCGGACGAUGAUGAACUGGUCAAAUUGCUACCGGAAAGUAGUGGAACUGUUACGAAAGUCAAAUAUGAAAUUGGCCCUGACAUGACGGAUUUCAUUGAGGCUGACGAGGAUGACAAUGAUUCGUUGGUGGAGGAAACGCAAUACGAAUGCCUUAUGGCAGACGAUGACGGGAAUAUUGUGAAAAUUGAGAACAUGUCGAAUCAACUGAUAGUGCCCGAUCCCACAGAGGUCUAUCUGUAUGAUUCUGACGACGAGGUGGCCGUUCUGGACAAUGUGCUCGAUGAUGAAUAUGAGCAUGAGAAUGCUGUGAAAAAGAGCAGCCUGCCGCCAAAGCCAAAAAUUAAGCCCGAAGAUCCUCGUCGCAGAGGGGCAGGCGGUGUUUACAUUUGCGAGCAAUGCGGCAAUCACAUAAAGGGACGCAUGGCAUUCGAAUUGCAUUGCCGUCGGCAUCGCGGCGAGAAAGAUUUCCAGUGCGAAAUCUGUGACAAAUGCUUUUGCACCACCUCGGAGCUUAAGCGCCACAUGCGCAAGCACACCGGAGAGCGCCCCUUUGCCUGCCAGUACUGUGGACGCUGCUUCUCCGACUACACGACGCGCGUCAAGCACGAACGCACCCACACCAACGAGCGCCCCUAUGUGUGUGGCACCUGCGGCAAGGCUUUCACCACGGGCUACAUUCUUAAAAACCAUAUGUUAACACAUUCCGGCUUGCGCUCUUAUAGAUGCGAGCUCUGCGACAAAUCUUUCAUGCUUCCCACUCAUCUCAGCACACAUAUGCGAACCGGGGUGCACAAGCGUACUUUGGAAAAGUAUCAGAUGAAGCAGCAAAUGCAGCACGACCCCGCCCUACAGCUCAAAUUGGAAAUGGAUGAGGAGAGUUUGCAUAUUCAGGAUACGGAAUUACGCGAGGCAAUCAGAUUUUGCGAUAGAGUCGUGGCAGCACAGCAGCAGCUCCUGUCUGCCUUAAGCGAGGAAGAGCUGAAGCAUGUAUCCAAGGAGUACCGGGUAGCCGUAAUGGAAUAUGCUGGCAACAGUAGCCAAAAAUUAAUCAAUGCCAGGCACUUUGAGUCACAACCGGAAACCGCGGCUGCAAGUGAGCCUGAGCCGGAUGAAGAGUUAAUAAUUAAAGUGCAACAGGAUGAAGACGAGAUAAUUAUAGAGGAGCACAGCCAACAUGGAGACCUCAUAGAGUACGACAUAAACAUUGAUGAUGACUUAGUUAGAGAGGUGGAUGAAGCUCAGCAUGCCCGUACCUUACCGGAAACAAUAAAAAAUCCACUUGACGAGCACCCAAGUGCACUAGUCAGCGAUGCUAACGAAAAUUCAGCUACCGAAGACUAUAUCCUGCCUGACAAGGAUUCGGAUGAGGAGUGUGCAGUUUUGGACAGAGUGUUAAACGACGAGAUUGCCAUGCAAAGUGUCGGCAGGAAAAAACGGGGACGAAAACGCGUAGGAAGUCUGAUAUUUGUCUGUGAUGAAUGUGGCAAUCAUAUAUCUGGACGCAUGGCCUUUGAAUUGCACUGCAGACGACAUCGUGGAGACAAACAGUUCCAAUGCGACGUGUGCCAGGAUCGCUUUUGCACCAGCUCCGAACUAAAACGACAUAUGCGAAGGCACACCGGGGAACGUCCCUUUGCAUGCCAGUACUGUGGACGCUGCUUCACGGACUAUAGCACGCGGCUGAAACACGAGAGGACACACACCAAUGAGCGCCCGUAUGUGUGCACCAGCUGUGGAAAGGCCUUCACCACCGCCUACAUACUCAAGAAUCACAUGCUCAUUCAUUCCGGCGAGCGAGCUUUCAGAACAGCUGUUGCUUCAUACAAAUUUGUUUACCCAUUAUUUGUGGCGCUCAACCAAUUUUUUAUUUUGCUUGAAUUAUAUUUAUACAAGCGCACAAUGCUUAAAAACAUGUGCAGAGUUUGUGGCAGAUAUGCCGCUGUCAAAGAAUCGUUAAGAAUUUUUGAUAAUAAAGAUGUGCUUUGGAGCAUUCAAGUCCUUACGGGCUUAACAUUGGAAAAUGCUAAAUGUUUGCCGGACCUAAUAUGUAUUUGCUGCCAAACUGAAUUGCGCGAAGCGAUCGGGUUCAGCGACAGGGUAAUUGCAGCACAGAAACAACUCCUGACGGCGUUAGCUGAGGAAGAGCUGAAGAAUGUAUCCGAGGAGUAUAGGAUAGCCGUAAUGGAACUGGCUAGCAACAGUUGCGAAAAGCCAUUCAACAUAAACAACUCUGGACCACUAUCAGAGUCAGAUGAGGAGUCGAUUUUAAAACCGCAACUAGAAGCAGGAGAAAUGAAUAUAGAAAAGCAUCGCGGACAGGAUGAACUGUUGGAGUACGAUAUUAUAAUAGAUGAUGAGGCAGUCAUCGAGGAGGCUGAAGUGCAAGAGAUUCGAGCCUUGGAGUCCAUGGAAAAUCUGACCGAUGAACACCAAUGCCCAAUUGCCAACGAAGCCGGCGAUAUUGCAACUACCGAAGAUUAUAUCCUGAAUGAUAAGGCGUGGAAUGAAGCGUGUGUGGUAUCGAGCCGGGAGUUGAGCAAAGAGAUUGCAGCGCCAAAAAUUGAAAUCAAGAAAAAACGAGCUCGAAAAGGCCUCGGAAAUGUAAUAUUCGUUUGUGAUGAGUGUGGCAUUCACAUAUCUGGACGCAUGGCCUUUGAACUACACUGCCGGCGACAUCGUGGAGACAAGCAGUUCCCAUGCGAAGUUUGCCAGGAUCGCUUUUGCACCAGCUCCGAGUUGAAGAGUCACAUGCGGAGGCACACCGGUGAACGUCCCUUUGCCUGUCAAUACUGUGAGCGCAGUUUCGCAGACAACAGUUCCCGGAUAAAGCAUCAGCGUACACACACAAAUGAACGCCCGUAUGCGUGCACAAGCUGUGGCAAGGCCUUUACCGCUCCCUACAUACUCAAGAAUCACAUGCUCAUUCAUUCCGGCGAGCGUGCCUUCAGCUGCGAGCCUUGCAACAAAACCUUCAGAAGACAUACUCAUCUAGUUACACAUUUUCGGUCCAGCGCCCACAAGCGUAAACGAGAGCGUCAAAACAAGGAAAUAAAGAAUACAAGUUAAUAGAUUCCAAAAGCACGCAUAUGAUUUAAGUAAAUUAAUUAUACAAAUUCGCUUGACACUAAAUUUUAGGCCAAAAGAACAAGGAAAACCAUAACAAAAUAUAUGAUAUUCUUUUUGUAUAUAAACGAAAUAUCAAAGUUGCCUUUGAUUAAUUCGUUGGGACCGCAUAUAUUUGCACUAUCCAAGUAAACUAUUUAUUUAAUUAAA